UCUUCCAAAGGUGGGGUGGGGUGGGGUGGGGUGGGGAGACCCUGGCCUCGUAGGAGGCAGGCCUUGCCAAGGGGGACCCACAAGGGACCUGCUCCUGCCUACUCACCUGGGAAGACUGGUGCACUCUAUUUUUUUUGAAUUUUUUCAGAAAGUACGCCAUCCUGCCAGGAAAUGGCCACAAGGGCCGCUGCACCAAGGGUGGCAAGACCACCGGGACGGCCUGCCUCCUUGUGUGGGCCUCCGCAGAAGGGAGCACCAGCAUGGGCAGGUGCUGCCCCUCCUGCUCCUGUGCCGCCUGCUGCUGCUGCCACCCCACCUCCACUGGCUGCACUCUCUUUUUUCAGAAAGUACGCCAUCCUGCCAGGAAAUGGCCACAAGGGCCGCUGCACCAAGGGUGGCAAGACCACCGGGGCGGCCUGCCUCCUUGUGUGGGCCUCCGCAGAAGGGAGCACCAGCAUGGGCAGGUGCUGCCCCUCCUGCUCCUGUGCCGCCUGCUGCUGCUGCCACCCCACCUCCGCUGGCUGCACUCUCUUUUUUCAGAAAGUACGCCAUCCUGCCAGGAAAUGGCCACAAGGGCCGCUGCACCAAGGGUGGCAAGACCACCGGGGCGGCCUGCCUCCUUGUGUGGGCCUCCGCAGAAGGGAGCACCAGCAUGGGCAGGUGCUGCCCCUCCUGCUCCUGUGCCGCCUGCUGCUGCUGCCACCCCACCUCCGCUGGCUGCACUCUCUUUUUUCAGAAAGUACGCCAUCCUGCCAGGAAAUGGCCACAAGGGCCGCUGCACCAAGGGUGGCAAGACCACCGGGGCGGCCUGCCUCCUUGUGUGGGCCUCCGCAGAAGGGAGCACCAGCAUGGGCAGGUGCUGCCCCUCCUGCUCCUGUGCCGCCUGCUGCUGCUGCCACCCCACCUCCACUGGCUGCACUCUCUUUUUUCAGAAAGUACGCCAUCCUGCCAGGAAAUGGCCACAAGGGCCGCUGCACCAAGGGUGGCAAGACCACUGGGGCGGCCUGCCUCCUUGUGUGGGCCUCCACAGAAGGGAGCACCAGCAUGGGCAGGUGCUGCCCCUCCUGCUCCUGUGCCACCUGCUGCUGCUGCCACCCCACCUCCACUGGCUGCACUCUCUUUUUUCAGAAAGUACGCCAUCCUGCCAGGAAAUGGCCACAAGGGCCGCUGCACCAAGGGUGGCAAGACCACUGGGGCGGCCUGCCUCCUUGUGUGGGCCUCCGCAGAAGGGAGCACCAGCAUGGGCAGGUGCUGCCCCUCCUGCUCCUGUGCCGCCUGCUGCUGCUGCCACCCCACCUCCACUGGCUGCACUCUCUUUUUUCAGAAAGUACGCCAUCCUGCCAGGAAAUGGCCACAAGGGCCGCUGCACCAAGGGUGGCAAGACCGCCAGGGCGGCCUGCCUCCUUGUGUGGGCCUCCGCAGAAGGGAGCACCAGCAUGGGCAGGUGCUGCCCCUCCUGCUCCUGUGCCACCUGCUGCUGCUGCCACCCCACCUCCACUGGCUGCACUCUCUUUUUUCAGAAAGUACGCCAUCCUGCCAGGAAAUGGCCACAAGGGCCGCUGCACCAAGGGUGGCAAGACCACUGGGGCGGCCUGCCUCCUUGUGUGGGCCUCCGCAGAAGGGAGCACCAGCAUGGGCAGGUGCUGCCCCUCCUGCUCCUGUGCCGCCUGCUGCUGCUGCCACCCCACCUCCACUGGCUGCACUCUCUUUUUUCAGAAAGUACGCCAUCCUGCCAGGAAAUGGCCACAAGGGCCGCUGCACCAAGGGUGGCAAGACCACCGGGGCGGCCUGCCUCCUUGUGUGGGCCUCCGCAGAAGGGAGCACCAGCAUGGGCAGGUGCUGCCCCACCGGGGCGGCCUGCCUCCUUGUGUGGGCCUCCGCAGAAGGGAGCACCAGCAUGGGCAGGUGCUGCCCCUCCUGCUCCUGUGCCGCCUGCUGCUGCUGCCACCCCACCUCCGCUGGCUGCACUCUCUUUUUUCAGAAAGUACGCCAUCCUGCCAGGAAAUGGCCACAAGGGCCGCUGCACCAAGGGUGGCAAGACCACUGGGGCGGCCUGCCUCCUUGUGUGGGCCUCCGCAGAAGGGAGCACCAGCAUGGGCAGGUGCUGCCCCUCCUGCUCCUGUGCCGCCUGCUGCUGCUGCCACCCCACCUCCACUGGCUGCACUCUCUUUUUUCAGAAAGUACGCCAUCCUGCCAGGAAAUGGCCACAAGGGCCGCUGCACCAAGGGUGGCAAGACCACUGGGGCGGCCUGCCUCCUUGUGUGGGCCUCCGCAGAAGGGAGCACCAGCAUGGGCAGGUGCUGCCCCUCCUGCUCCUGUGCCACCUGCUGCUGCUGCCACCCCACCUCCACUGGCUGCACUCUCUUUUUUCAGAAAGUACGCCAUCCUGCCAGGAAAUGGCCACAAGGGCCGCUGCACCAAGGGUGGCAAGACCACUGGGGCGGCCUGCCUCCUUGUGUGGGCCUCCGCAGAAGGGAGCACCAGCAUGGGCAGGUGCUGCCCCUCCUGCUCCUGUGCCGCCUGCUGCUGCUGCCACCCCACCUCCACUGGCUGCACUCUCUUUUUUCAGAAAGUACGCCAUCCUGCCAGGAAAUGGCCACAAGGGCCGCUGCACCAAGGGUGGCAAGACCACCGGGGCGGCCUGCCUCCUUGUGUGGGCCUCCGCAGAAGGGAGCACCAGCAUGGGCAGGUGCUGCCCCUCCUGCUCCUGUGCCGCCUGCUGCUGCUGCCACCCCACCUCCGCUGGCUGCACUCUCUUUUUUCAGAAAGUACGCCAUCCUGCCAGGAAAUGGCCACAAGGGCCGCUGCACCAAGGGUGGCAAGACCACUGGGGCGGCCUGCCUCCUUGUGUGGGCCUCCGCAGAAGGGAGCACCAGCAUGGGCAGGUGCUGCCCCUCCUGCUCCUGUGCCGCCUGCUGCUGCUGCCACCCCACCUCCACUGGCUGCACUCUCUUUUUUCAGAAAGUACGCCAUCCUGCCAGGAAAUGGCCACAAGGGCCGCUGCACCAAGGGUGGCAAGACCACUGGGGCGGCCUGCCUCCUUGUGUGGGCCUCCGCAGAAGGGAGCACCAGCAUGGGCAGGUGCUGCCCCUCCUGCUCCUGUGCCACCUGCUGCUGCUGCCACCCCACCUCCACUGGCUGCACUCUCUUUUUUCAGAAAGUACGCCAUCCUGCCAGGAAAUGGCCACAAGGGCCGCUGCACCAAGGGUGGCAAGACCACUGGGGCGGCCUGCCUCCUUGUGUGGGCCUCCGCAGAAGGGAGCACCAGCAUGGGCAGGUGCUGCCCCUCCUGCUCCUGUGCCGCCUGCUGCUGCUGCCACCCCACCUCCACUGGCUGCACUCUCUUUUUUCAGAAAGUACGCCUUCCUGCCAGGAAAUGGCCACAAGGGCCGCUGCACCAAGGGUGGCAAGACCGCCAGGGCGGCCUGCCUCCUUGUGUGGGCCUCCGCAGAAGGGAGCACCAGCAUGGGCAGGUGCUGCCCCUCCUGCUCCUGUGCCGCCUGCUGCUGCUGCCACCCCACCUCCACUGGCUGCACUCUCUUUUUUCAGAAAGUACGCCAUCCUGCCAGGAAAUGGCCACAAGGGCCGCUGCACCAAGGGUGGCAAGACCGCCAGGGCGGCCUGCGGCCUUGUUUUUGCCUCCGCAGAAGGGAGCACCAGCAUGGGCAGGUGCUGAUGCGGAAGGGAGCACCAGGAAGGUCAGCUGGAAGGGGCUGCUUUGCCCCUUGAAAGCCUCGGACCCACAGGGCCGCCUGUCCUGCUCUGCCCCACGGAGGACCUGAUGCUCUGCAAGAGCCCGGCCCCAGGGAGAUCCGGCUUUCAUCCCCCAGAGCCAGGGCCUUUCCGGUCGGGGGAGGACUCUCCCCCAAGAGACAGAGCAGCUCCGCCAGGCCGUGGGGCAGGACCCAGGUGGGCUUUCUUUCCUUUGGACCCGAUCAGGAAAGGCUCUGGCUCUGGUGGAGGCCAGCCGGAUCUCCCUGGGGCCGGGCUCUUGCAGAGCGUCAGGCUUUCAAGGGGGAAAGCAGCCCCUUCCAGCUGACCUUCCUGCCCUCCAGGCCCCUCCCUGGGUUCCAUCCGCACAGACUUGGAGUCAAAGGACACAGGUUAGACCGGGUUCAAACGCCUCCGGAAAUGGCCUAGAUUUCAAUGUCUAACUUCAGGCCAUUUCCUUUCUUGCAGGAUCCCUUUUGGGUUCCCCUUGGCAAGGCCUGCAUCCUAAGAGGCCAGGGUCUCCCCCCUACCCUACCCCUCCUUUGGAAGAGGCGUGUCACAUGGAGCAGGGAUUUCCUGGUGGCUGCCCCUGUUCUGCAUUGCUGCGGGUCAAACUUUAGGCCUUUUCACUUUCCAUUGACUUAGGUGAGCCGUUUCCCUCCUUUCUUGCAAUUUAAACCCAAAUCUUCCUUCGUUCCACCUAAUUCCAACCCAUCUAUCACACUGUUCCACCAAUUGGGGCUCCGUGAUCUAGACCAGGCUUCCUCAACCUCGGCCCUCCAGAUGUUUUUGGCCUACAACUCCCAUGAUCCCUAGCUAGCAGGACCAGUGGUCAGGGAUGAUGGGAAUUGUAGUCUCAAAACAUCGGGAGGGCCAAGGUUGAGGAAGCCUGAUCUAGAGAAACUUGAAAAGAGGGGCUCUAGGGUACAGGACGAUUUAACUGAGUCUCAGCGUAACUGUUUGAAUGACUGAGUCCAGGGUGUCGUACAUUCCUAAUCGUUCCCAAUCCCACGUAGGUAUGUUAUGCCCAAGGUCCUGCGCCCAACAAAUCAUAACUGCUUUGACCUCCUCUUCUUUCACUUCCCAAUCGAGGAGGAGAUUGUACAUGUUGGAUAUAAAUUUUCCUUUUGCAAUUAUUAAUUUAUCUUUCAGUUUUGAUAUUUAUUUAGACAAUCCUUUUUGUCUUUCCUUACCCAAACAUUCAUUAAUUUGAAAGUAUUGGAACCAAUCAUUUACAUACAUUUGGAUGUCUUCAUUUUUUUAGUUUUAAUUUGUCCUCUUCUUUUAAUAAUAUUUUGUAUGUUGCCCAAUGGUUUCCCAUAUUUUUGUUCCUUUCCACUCACGGCUUCUACUGGUGAGGUCCACCCAGGAGUUUUUGGUUCUAACAGGUCUUUAUAUUUAACCCAUAUUUUGUACAAUGAUUUUCGAGAGUCAGCAAGGCGGGCAGUGUGCCUUAAUUGGGAAAACACUCGUCAUUUCUAGGAGACAUGUUCUUUUCCCCCUCCCUGUAAUUAUUAAAGAAUCUAACUGGUCAGACAUUCCUUUCGUUGGAUCUUCUUAUUUACUGCCACGUGGGAGGAAGCCCAUUCCCCGAAGUUUGACAGAUGAUGAUGAUGGGAGGGAUGGAAAUCCCUCUGCUGUGUUCCACCCACUGAUGUGGGUGGGAAAAGGCAGAAUGGCAAUGUGGGGAGUGAGUCUUAACAGUGAGCCCUUGUGGGCCAAUUGCAGGCACACAGAAUUUGGAUAUGAAUGGCCCACCCAGGUGGGAGGAGAACAUCUCUGAGUGGACACAGCCAUCACAGCAAGGGGGACACCAACUUGGCACCAACUCGUCCCUCAGCUUGAGAAGGCACAACUGCAGGGUAAGGGGACUUUUGCAGAGCCGGGAGAUGCUGGGGGUUGAGCCAGGAAUUAUUUGCAUGCAGAGCAUCUCUGGUGCCUCAGCUUUCGGCCUUUGCCAACCACAUUCUCCAUGGAGAUGCAGCCCAUCCCCUUCCUACAAACACCCCAGGGCAUCCCUAGAGGAAGCAGGUGCAAUGCUGCAGGCAUUCCUGGAGGAUUCGGGGGGGGGAUUUCUGUUUCCAAGAGGGACCCGACCCCACAGAUUCUGCAUCCUCUUCCAGCUGCACAGCACAGAGACUCAGCUGGGCCAGGAAGACGGAGGAGUCUCUCUGGGCAACUUCUAGCAUCCUUCUCCCCAAAUGUCAGCGACCUGCCAUGUGUGUUAGUGUGGAACCGCCCUGUUCCUCCUCUGGAUGGCAGCUGUCAAGGAGCUCCAUCUUCCCCAAAUAUCACACGGAAGGCUGGAGAGGAAGUCUUGGCCAUUGGUCCUGCUUCUACUCCCAACUGCCAUUGGCUAGCAUUGUUACUUUGAGAUACAAGAUGGUCUUUAUCAGGUAACCAUAUACUGCACCGGUACUGUAUCCAGCGCUUCAGAGAAAGUGCUUGCUGUUUGAUAUCGCACUGCCCCCUAGUGGACUUCUCUAAAUUGUAAUGCUAUGUUUUUGACCUGGAUUUGCUGGCUGCAGAAGUGAGAGAACUUUAUGCCAUAUAAAGCACAGACAAGUUCCUGCAAAUCUUAUACACAUACACUAGACACAGAAAUGAGGAGGAAUUCACAUUUAAAGGAGAACCUGCCCCACCCACAGUCUUGGAAACAAAACGCAAAGCAGAGCACAGCCGUCCUUCAAAAUUCACACUUCUUAGAAUUUCAUUUGGUAACUUUCCAGCCAAUUAAUGCCCUAUCAAAAUGCAUAGGCCAGGCUGACUUGUGCACAGAAAUGUAUAUAUUAGUGGAACUAAUGUACACAAAUGUGUUGUCUUAGGGAAAGGUGCUUUGCAAAAGUGUGUGUAUUCGGAGAAAUUCACACUACAAUGCUGAUGAACUUCCCCGAGGACUUAAAAAGAAAACGCCACGUGUCUGAAGGUGAUGGAUUCAAAUUACACAAAUAGAGAUUCUAGCUAAACAUUAGGAAGGAUUUUCUGACGGUAGAAGAUGUUAUUCCAUAGAACGAACCCACUUCGAAGGCAGUAUACUCUUCUUGGUUGGAGCUUUUGAAGCAGAGGCUGGAUGGCCAAUUGUCAGGGAAUCUUCAGCUGCAAUUCCUGAAUUGCAGGGGCAUGCAUAGAUGACCCUUUGAGGUCACGUCCAACUCUACCAAUCUAUGAAUCUAGAAGAGGUACCUGCUGGCUCAGGCCAAUGGCCCAGCAAGUCCAGCAUCUUUACCCAGUGGCCAAUCGGAUUCCUCUCUGGGAAGCCUGCAGGCAGGACAUGAGCAGAACAGCACUCUGUCCACCUGCCCUUUCCAGCAACUGGUAUUCCGAGGCAUCCACACCUGUACCUGUGCCCAGCCAAGCUUGCUCUAAGAUUUCCACCACCAGGCAGCUGACGGCUCCCCAGGGUCAGGGAAGCCCCCCAGGACCAGUCCUGUUGAUGUCCCGGCUCAGUUGACCAUUGCACAAGAAGACCAGGGCCUCAGGAGCACCAGACAUGCCAGCCAUUUCAUUUUCCCAUUCAUUUCCUUUCUCACUAAUUUUUCAUAUGUAACCCAUUCUUCUCUCGUAUUAUUUCCCCC